GUGGGAGCCCGAUCCCGGGCUCACUGCCCUGGGAGCACGCGCCGUCCGUCCGAGCCCAGCUGCAGCCUCUCCAGCCCACGCCCGCGCUUGCCCCGGUGCACAGCUGAGAAGGGUCCGUGCUGACGGGGGUCUCGGGCUCCUGUCCUAUCCCAGAGCGGCCGGGCUGUCCGCCACCUGCGUCCAGGUUGUGCCAUGGACCCUUCGGAGAAGAAGAUAUCGGUGUGGAUCUGCCAGGAGGAGAAGUUGGUGUCCGGGCUCUCUCGUCGCACCACUUGCUCAGACGUGGUGCGAGUGCUGCUGGAAGACGGCUGGCGGCGGCGACGGAAGCAGCGGCGGGGCCGGCGGCGGGGGGCGGCGGCCAGCGACCCGCCAGGCCCGUGGGAGCUGCCGGAGCCCCUGGACGAGGACGACGAGGACGACGAGGAGACGCUGCCGCCGGGCUUGCUCUGCGGGCCGCCGCAGUGCUACUGCAUCGUGGAGAAGUGGCGCGGCUUUGAGCGCAUCCUGCCCAACAAGACGCGCAUCUUGCGCCUCUGGGCCGCCUGGGGCGACGAGCAGGAGAAUGUGCGCUUCGUCCUGGUGCGCAGCGAGGCGUCGCUGCCCAACGCGGGUCCGCGCAGCGCCGAGGCGCGCGUGGUGCUCAGCCGCGAGCGCCCCUGCUCGGCCCGGGGCGUCCCGGCGCGGCCCAGCCUGGCCCUGACCCAGGAGAAGCAGCGGCGGGUGGUGCGCAAGGCUUUCCGCAAGCUGGCCAAGCUCAACCGCCGGCGCCAGCAGCAGCCGGCGUCGCCUUGUUCGUCCACUUCGUCGUCCACCGCCUCGUCCUGCUCGUCGUCGCCGCGGGCCGCGGACAGCGUGUCGGUGGAGCGUAUGGAGACGCUGGUGCAUCUGGUGCUUUCCCAGGACCACACCAUCCGCCAGCAGGUGCAGCGGCUCAGGGAGCUGGACCGCGAAAUCGAUCGCUACGAAGCCAAGGUGCACCUGGACCGCAUGCGGCGGCACGGAGUCAACUAUGUGCAGGACACUUACUUGCUGGACGCAGGCAUCGAGCUCGACGGGCCCAGCCCGGGAGAGGAGCCCGAGCCGGAGGCGGUGGCUAUGGCGGCGGCGCCCCUGGACGGCCAGGUGCAGGCAGUGGCGCUGGAGGAGCUGGCCCAGCGCUGCGACGACCUAUUGAAGCUGCAGGAGCAGCGGGCCCAGCAGGAGGAGUUGCUCGAGCGCCUCUCGGCCGAGAUUCAGGAGGAGCUGAACCAGAGGUGGAUGCGCCGGCGCCAGGAGGAGCUCGCGGCGCGGGAGGAGUCCCCGGAGCCCGAUGGCAGCCUGGACGGCGAGCUGCUGCUGGAGCAGGAGCGAGUCAGGACGCAGCUCAGCACCAGCCUCUACAUCGGGCUCCGGCUCAACACGGACCUGGAGGCCCUCAAGUCGGACUUGGAUUACAGCCAGCAGCAGUGGGACAGCAAGGAGCGCGAGCUGCAGGGCCUCCUCCAGACUUUGCACACGUUGGAGUUGACGGUAGCACCUGAUGGGACUACCGGCUCUGGUGGACCCUCGCGGGAAUCCCGGCCUCAGCCCGGCGCUGAGGUGUGGGUGGAUCAGGCCCGCGGACUGGCCAAAAGCUGUCCUGGCAACGACGAGGACUCGGACACGGGGCUGAGCUCCAUGCACAGCCAGGACUCAGACUCGGUGCCCGUGUGCGAGUCCCUUGUAUAGGAGGAGCAGGGUCAGGAGGGACACGUACGCUUUCCCCUUUCCUGUAGCAAGACCCGGCCAGGCCGGUCGGGGACGUGAAACCAGGCUGCGGGUGGGCCGCGAGCUCCUGCGGGGCAGCAGGCCUCCGACUGGGCUGGGAAGGGCUCCGGAGGCCUGCCUGAUAGAGGCCUCCUGUGGCUGGGGGUGAGUGUGGAGGAGGGUGCAGGACCAGUGUCUCCAAUCCAAGCUCUUUCAGGGAAAGGGGGGAGGGAGGAGGUGAAAACCCCUCACACUGGAAAACAAACACCCCAGGGAAACUUGACGUGGUCCGAGCCUAUUUGCAAAAGCAGAAAAAGGGGUGCUGUGGGAAUUUCACCACUCUUCUGUAUGGGGAGGACUGAUGGCAGCUAGAAUUUUAGGUUGUAGCAUAAAGUGCUUUUAAAAGAAACACUUGGAUGAAAAGGAAAUUCCUUGAAUGUUAAUUGUGACUCUGAACGUGUUAAAACUAGCCAAAGAGGACACACUGGUGUUGGUUUCAGCCGUACUUAACAUCUUUCAUAAAACCCAUAGGCACUAAAAUCCUGGCUGUUUACAUUUCUGCAGAUAUGGAGUUAUCCAUCUGCUAAGCUGUUUGCCUGUUAUUUUCUUUAAAAGACUAAACUGUACCGAAGUCUAACCCCAUGCUUCCUCCUAGUAAAUACAGUAUCUGUUAGAAUGGGAUCCCUUUUCCAAAAUAACUUUUUAUUAUUACAAAAACCAAACGUAUCUCUUUUGAGAUAUAGGUUUCUGGCAGACAUAAUUUUUGGUUAAAAUUUAAUCUGGGUCUUUGGGGUUUGCUCCUGCAAAGGUUUGUGUGUUUUCCUUUCAUUCAUAUUGCCAUUUCAUUAACUUAAUCACUGUUAUUUCAGGAAAAAAAUAAAAGGGAAGUUCCAGAAUUCAAGUUAAGUACAACUAAACUUGCUGUUAAAUGAGCACUCCCAUUGAAACUAAGACUUGAAAGCAAAGAUCCUUGUCAGUGUUCAGCUUUUGAACUGAGCUCUAUGAUCAAAAACAACCAUGACCUUAACAGAUUUCACCCAAACCCAAGUCUAACUUCAGUAUUUUUGAUCAGGGAACAGUUACUUUUCCAAACUGAAAUUGAGAUAGUGUGAAUGCCAGGAUUUACUAGAUCAGGCCUGAAAAAGAUAAAAUACAAUCAAGCUAAUAGUACAUCUUGGGUGAACAAAUGGAUUAACAACAGCAGGUAGUCAUAGAUAAAAGCAUAUAAAAGUGAGCUAACGACUUGAAUUACUCUUGUCUGGCUCACGCCUUUGCACACGCCAGGAGAUGCAAGUGCAACCUCUCUCUCUCUCGCUCGCUCCCUUGCUCCAUAGCUGGAGACAGAGCCCUGGUGGGGACUCGGUGUAAUUGUUCCAGUUAUUUCAAUGAAAACUUAUCAGUUGUAGCUAGCUGCUGCCCUGUGGAAGGAGCCUGCUGGCAGUGUUCCCUCUGGAGUGCAGUACUUCUGAGGAAUGUGGGGUCUAAUCUGUCCUGAGGAGGUGUUAACAAUGGGGUGUGUGUGGUGCCAGCCUGGUGCAGAAGCCUGGUAUCAACCUAACCCAGGAGCGGCUGGCUCCAGUUUCAACACUACAUGUGAAGAUAACUUAAGAGGUCUUGCUUUAUAGAGAAGUUUCCUCCUUGGAGAGAUUCUCUGCCUGCUUGUUGCCAGCGGGGGCCUGCUCACCUGACCUGAAGCCAUUGGGGUGUCUCUUUUUGAGAGUCAGCAUCCCCCUACCUCCCAGUGCUAUUACAACAUGUGUGGAUAUUUUCAAAUUUUUAAGUAAAAGGCCGGUUUCUUAAUUGAUGUUUUCAAAAGACAUUAACUGGCAUAAUUAUGGUUUUUUAGUUUUGUCUGAUGCAGAAAACAUCUAUGUGUUUGGCUUUGAGCAUGAAUAAAAUGAGGAAGGGACCAAAAAAACCCCACUGUCCCUAGACAAUCAUUUGGUCCCAUAAACACAAAGCCUAAUGAUAGCUUUUCUUUUGAGGCAAAGGUAAAAUCCUCAUUAGAGUGUGACAAACGCUACUUGUCUGAAUGGUCUAUGCUGGCAAUGGGCUGACCUAGUGGUUUUAAAAUUAUUGUGCUUUUUUUCCCCCCUCAGGGUGGUAGGGAAGUUGGACAUUUAUUAACUCAAAAGCGAGCACAGAAGUUGGCAGAACAGGACUGCCUGGCAGAAAGGGGCUGUUUUCCUGUUCACUGUUAUUAUUUUAAACUUUGAUGGGCUGCUGACGUCAGCAGAUAUGCCCGAAGCUUGUAAAGCAAAUAAAGCCACAUCACAGGGAGAAGGCCUGUGGGAUUUUCUGGUGCCCUCUUUCCAGAACCUUCUGUCCUGGCCACCUGAAAAUUUUUGCCUCUCCAGUCAACAAUUCAGGCACCAACCAGGCUUUGUUUUAUACCAAAAUGAAGUUCAGUCUGCCCUUCCCCGCCCCCAUCCAAAUCAAUUAUAUCCGCAAAAGGCACUCUCUGUGUGGGUAGGAGAAAGGACAACAGGUGAGGGGAGAGGAAGGAGACAAUAGUUCCUUUUACUAAGAGCUUUUGCAAGCCUGAGAAAGGUGAAAUAUAGAUAUAAAAAGCAAAUCAGUGCCUCUGCCUAGAAAGUGGCUAAUGAAUGCUAAACAUUUUAAAAACUUCAUUCCUUUUUUUUUUUUUAAUAAUUAUCAUGGCAUUAAGAAUGGAAAUGAAGGCUUUGAAUGCAUUGGCACCAGGAUUUCAGUGCCCCUGGUAAAAGUAACCCCUCCUGCUCUUCUAACCUUACAAAAGUUCUGGGGAGGAGAGUAGGGAGCAGGCUCCUCCCAACUAGUCCCAUCUUUUUUUGUAAUCAAUACAAUUUAUCGUAUUUUUUAUCUUUAAUUAGUCCAUUCUUGGCCAUCUGACCAAAUCAAAAAGAUUCCAUCUGUCAUUUCUGUUUACUUCCUUAUGAAACAAGAUAAAGACGAGGAGGAGGAUUUGCUAAUUAGAAAAGUUACAUACUAUGGUCCUCAUGAUAGACCUGAAAGUAACAAGUAAAAAGAAAGGAAAAUCACUCAGAAUCUUGUCACCAAAAGCUUAUCACUACCUAAAUUUGAGAUACUUCCUUCCAGUUCUUUAGAAUUGUGAAUAUUUCAUAUUUUGCUUAUUUUUUAAAACAAUAUUCAGUGUUAAUGAGAUUGUUUAUAUGCUUUUAUGCUCAGGUUUUGACAGAUUCCUUGUAAGUGGCUCCAUCUAUCUGUUGGAUGUACCAUGGUGCAUAUUAUUAGGUCAUUCCUGGUAUUUUUCAUUAUUAUAAAAUGACACUGUGAUAAGCUGCUUUGUGCACAUCUCUGUUUCUCUAAUUAAACUCCCUUUCAGUGAGAUAGCUUCCCAGAAAGAGAAUUCCCAAAGAGUACAAAUAUUUAAAAACUUGACACUUAAUUGCCAAAUUGGUUGUCAAAAGAUCUGUUCUAAUUACAAUCCUCUGUGCAUGGCAAUGCCUAUUUCACCACCCCUUAGCUUUCAUUAGCUAUUAUAUUUUGGUAAGAAAAUAUAUUGACCAAAAUGAAUGAAUUCUUUGUGGUCCCAGGAAGUCAGGGCUGGCAACCACAGCCUUAAAAUACCUUUACAACAGAAAGGGCAGCUCAUCCUACCAGGAAUGUUAAAAGGACAAGGCACCUUCUCUCCUUCCUAUUCCUUGCUCUCCCUGAGCACUGCUUGGUAAUAGCAAUCCCGGCUCAUAUCAGAGCUGGCCAUCCAUCUCUCUGAGCAGGAGGGGCCAAAAUACCACCCCAGCAAGAUUAAGGGGGUUAACAAAUAAAAGAACCAGACUUAUAAAAAGAAAAUACUAUCUUUUUGCAUCUUGAGUCUAUCAGAAAAGGUUAUGCUUAGAAGGUGAUGUCAUACAAUAUAUUUGAUUUUCUGCUUCUCCCUUCCCACCCAUAUCAAAAAAGAAGCCAAAAUGAAAUCAAUACACACAGUAAAUAGCUAUGAUACUACAUCCGAGCUCAUCCUUAAAUUCUUGAAAAGGGAAAAUUUGGUCACGACAAAUUUGUGAAAUUUUUGUUCUGGAAAUGUUAGUGAAACGUGUCUUCGUAAACGGAAAGGAAGGAGGAUAGGGAGGAACUGUCUUGUUGAAUGCUUUCCAAAUGCUAAAUCCUGGUGCUUUUUCAUGUGCAUUGUCUCGCAUUCAUCUCAUGAGAUAGAACUUUUGACCUCUGAUUUUACUGAUAAAGAAACCCACAUCACCCUGUUGGUAAGUAGCAGAUCCAGGAUUCUGACCCAAGUCUGACUCCAAAACCUGUGUCCAUUUUGCUAUAUCACACCAAGCGCAUUAUACCCACGAAGUGUUUGGCAUACUCAGAAAAAAGAUCUCACAGGCCCCAGAGUGUUGGCAUUGGAAUGGACUCAGAGGUCAUCAAAUCUUGUUCAAGUAUUUCCACUCGUGCAGUGGAGUGAUUUUCUCUGAAUCAUAGAGGUAGUCACUGUCUUCCAGGUGAGGAUUAGGGAAAAAAGGAGGAGAAAUUCUUAUGUAAAUACCUGGGCAUCUGUCUAAGAGAUGAAGCCUGUGCCAAUGAAAAAUAUUUCUCACAAAAAUUAAUAUCCUGUGCAUCAGCAUGAAUGUUUCAACUGCAGGCCUCAAGGGCACAGGUACAGUCACAGCUGGAAGGUGGUAUCAACAACCACAGCUGUGCUGGAGUUGUCCGCAGUGCUUCUAACCAGGCCUUGUUUCUAGUUGAGCCUCUGGGUAAAUGAGGAUCAUGGAAGGGUCAAGAGAUGGAGUGCUGGGCCUUGUGUGGGCUCCCGUGUCCGUGGAGUUAGGCAUGCACACCUGACUGAGGGUGUCUUUGGCCACGCUGACUCCACUGCGCAUGUGGAGGCCAAGCCCGGAUUACUUUGAAGGACACUGUCCUGCCUCUACCUCUCUCAUCCAUUCCCAUGAAAAUUUUCCCUGUUUUCAAACACCUCCAGGAUUCCCUACAGCUUUCAGGAUAAAAUUUACAUUUCUUAGCAGGAUUUAAUAAGUUGCUGGUUAUCCAGCUCAAGGCCCCUCUCCCAAGUCCACUCUUCUCCCAACCUUAAGACCACCGAAGGAGUGGAUUCUAUUUCUUCAUUCACAUGACACUGCCUUCCUCCAUUCAUGGGAGGGCUCUUUUCUAUCUUAUUUUACUUCAUGUUACCCUUCCUCUCCCAUUGCCACUCCUAGUUCCCUCCCUACUCCUGCCAUAGGUACCUAUCCCAAUGUGUUUAAUCCAUGAGCUUCCAAGCCGUUUUAUAUAUCCGGGGCUGCCAUGCCGCCCACCUCCAGGGGGCACUAUUCGUGUUGUAUUCUGGAACCAUGCUCCAGAGGAAACUUUGAAUGGGAACCCUGGAGUUGAGCAGUGUGCUGGCCUAAUCCAUUUGCUCAGGUAUUACAUGCAUCCUUGAAAAGUAGAAUAAAACUGUCUAUGUGCUUCUGCUUAAUAUACACGACUUUCACUGGGCUAGAAAGCCCAUUAUAUUUCUUUUAUUCACAUGACAGUAUGUUUGUGUGAGCACUGCAUUGCAAUAUGUAAAUCUAGUUAAUUAUUUUCUAAUCUUAUUUCCACUUAUUUAUAUAUUCCUGGAACACCUAUGGUGUUAGCAAUUUCAUACUAUCUCAAACACUGGAUGAUGGAGGGAACACCUGGGCUUUGAGCUUCUCAAGGUGGAGAAAGUCCAUGAUGUGGUUCUGGGAGUGGAUGGCUAAAGAGAAUGGGAGGAAGAUCAAAGUCAUCAAAGCUGGAGGACCAAGGAUGUUAGGAGACACAUCUACACGGAUGUUGAAGCCUCCCAUGGUGAUUUCAGGAAUUGGUAUGGAGAGAGGAAACGGUCUGGGAGUGAAGAGACAGAGAGAGGUUAAUCAAUAGAAGCAAUAUUGUGACAACAGGGGAGGCUUGCAUUGGAACAGUGACUGGGAAGAGAGGUGAAUGACCCUGUGACUCUGAUCAUGUCCCUCUCAGCUCAGCAUACACCAAAAGUUCCCAUUUCCCACUGGAGAAAGUUC